AGUAGCUGUGAGGACAGGGUGGCAGGAAAUGACAGAAAACCUGAAUACGGAACUGAAGCAGCAGCUCAGAAUUUCUUGCUCUGAAGUCGCAGCAGCUAGAGAGGAGCUGAGUGUCGCUGUGAGGAGCUGAGAGCUGAGAGCUGAGAGCAAACGCUUGCACGGUUGAAGAUGUGGAAGUCUGUAGUAGGGCAUGAUGUAUCUGUUUCCAUGGAGACCCAGGGUGAUGACUGGGACACAGACCCUGAUUUUGUGAAUGACAUCUCUGAGAAGGAGCAGCGAUGGGGGGCCAAGACCAUCGAGGGCUCUGGACGCACCGAGCACAUCAACAUCCACCAGCUGAGAAACAAAGUGUCAGAGGAGCAUGAUAUUCUCAAGAAGAAGGAGAUGGAGUCAGGGCCCAAAGCAUCCCAUGGUUACGGAGGUCGAUUUGGGGUAGAAAGAGACCGGAUGGACAAGAGCGCUGUGGGCCAUGAAUAUGUGGCUGAGGUGGAGAAGCACUCCUCUCAGACCGAUGCGGCAAGAGGCUUCGGGGGCAAAUACGGAGUGGAGAAGGACAGGGCAGACAAGUCAGCAGUUGGCUUUGAUUACAAAGGAGAAGUGGAGAAACACACAUCUCAGAAAGAUUACUCUCGUGGCUUUGGUGGCCGUUAUGGUAUAGAGGCAGAUAAACGGGACAAGGCUGCUCUAGGAUAUGACUACAAGGGAGAGACAGAGAAACAUGAAUCCCAGAGAGAUUAUGCCAAGGGCUUUGGUGGUCAGUAUGGCAUCCAGAAGGACCGUGUGGAUAAGAGCGCUGUUGGCUUCAAUGAAAUGGAGGCCCCCACCACAGCUUACAAGAAGACAACACCCAUAGAGGCUGCUUCUAGUGGAGCCCGUGGGCUGAAGGCAAAAUUUGAGUCCAUGGCUGAAGAAAAGAGAAAGCGGGAGGAAGAAGAGAAGGCACAGCAGAUGGCCAGGCAGCAACAAGAAAGAAAAGCCUUGGUAAAGAAGAGCCAAGAGGCUCAGCAGCCAGUGGCCACUUUGGAAGAGCCAGUGGUACCAGCCCCAUUGCCCAAGAAAAUCUCCUCAGAGGCUUGGCCUCCAGCAGGGAGCUGUGCAUCGUCAGAGCCUGAGCCUGUGAAAACCAGUAGGGAACAUCCAGUGCCUCCCCUGCCCUCCAGGCAGAAUCCGCCAGAGGACUAUGAGGAGCCCCCAGCUCUGCCACCCAGGACUCCAGAAGUCUUCCAGAUGGAGGAACAGCCAGAGUAUGAAGAAGUACCUGAGCCUGAGUCCAAACUUAAGCCUGAGCCCAAGCCCGAGCCUGAGCCUGAGCCCGAGCCUGAGCCUGAGAAUGACUAUGAGGAUGUUGGGGAGAUGGACAGACACGAGCAGGAUGAUGAACCAGAGGGGGACUAUGAGGAUGUGCUUGAGCCUCAGCAUCCUUCUUUUUCCUCUACUCUGGCUGGAUCAUCAGGCAGCCCAGGUGGGGCUGGGAUCUCAGCUGUAGCCUUGUAUGAUUACCAAGGAGAGGGAAGUGAUGAAAUUUCCUUUGAUCCAGAUGACAUCAUCACCGACAUUGAGAUGGUGGAUGAGGGCUGGUGGCGGGGACGAUGCCAUGGCCACUUCGGACUCUUCCCUGCAAAUUAUGUCAAGCUCCUCCAGUAACUGUCCCUCUCUGUCUUCUGCACUAGGACUUCCCAUGUCCGGAGUGGCUCUGCCCCCAUCCCGUCUCCAUUCUUGCUCCAAGUGUCUGACAGGAUGUCAUGAGUUACCUGAAGUUCUAGAGAGGCUUCCCUCUCCUUUUCCAUUAGGGUUUGGGGUAGAGACAGCAUGAAGAAAACGGUCUCCUUCCCUUCUGUGUCUUCUCUACCCCAAAUGAGCUUAAGGCUGUUUAUCUUGUGGUCCUGCCUCCUUCCCCAUGAAUGCCCUCUCCAGCCCUCCCCACUCCCCACCCAAGCUCUGCCUUCCUUUGUGAAUUAUGAGCUUCCUGGUUUGCUAACCUGGGAAGGUAGGUCUCUAUCACCUGGUUUUCUAGGUUGUGCUAUUUGCUGACUUUCUUUUUCUGCAGAGAUAUCUCUGAAUAUUCUCUCUGCUCAGUCCUAAAUUGGAAAUAAAGUGGGACCAUGGCUCGCCUCUAUUCUGAGGAGGUAAAUGGUACUUUUUAUGCACCAUCAAUGGCCCUCACUCUCAUGGCUCCAAUUCUCCUUCCUUCUUUCAGACAUAUCCAGAAACCCCCCUCCAACCAGUGCCCAUCACUCUGCACUGUGGAUGUCAAGGGCUGUGCCUUUUCCUUAGAAUCUGUAUAUACUCAGUAUACUCAGUCCAAAACAGAUGGGCAUGGGGCAUGGCAGUAAGGUAAGGGAACAUGGGGCCAGGAAGGGUCCACUUCUACAGGUUUCAGCAGUUGUGAGAAGCCAACCACAUUCUGUCCGGUAGUAAAGACUACACUUUUUUUGUUGUUGUUUUUUAGGACACAGUGGCUCUUGAGGCAGAAGCACAAAUUAGGGGAAAGGAAGGAGGAAAAGACUGAAAGGAAAAAUGAAAAAAGAUGAAAACUAAAGUAACACAAGGUCUAAUGAAGUGUUAAGAGGAUUUAGAGUCAGAGACAGUGACCUCUACUAGAGGUUGUUCAGGCAUCCUUAUAGCUGGAUGACUGAAAUUGAUGGCCAGGUAAGAAGAUAGAUUGAAGAAGCUGAUGAAGUUUCUUAUGUGGUCCAGGGUCAAUGCUGAGACAAAAAAAAUUGAGAACCUUUGGACAGGCAGUGAUGGGCAAAACAAAACAAAAAAACAAAAACAAACCACCAAGCAAAUUAUGGGGAUGAGGGAUAAUGAGAGGUCAGGGUAUUGUGGUUUUAUCCUAACCUCAGGCUAUUGGGCUCAGCAAGAUCUGAGAUAGGAGAACCUAGGCAAAAUGAAAACCAAAUCAAAAUGAAAUUCGGGGGAUCUUUUGUUGGUAGAACAUAGAAGUCUGUGCUACAACCAGUAUCUAAAGUUGAGUUUAACUUUCAAAGAUGGUGAAGGCAGUGGGAUCAAGGAAGAGCUAGGAUUGAUGACUGAGACCCAAAAGUCUUUAAAAAUUAAGUUCAUAGCUGAGCUGCCUAUGUGCUUAGAGCACUGUAUCCCUUGGCUUUUCUUCAAGACACACACUACUUUGUGUCCACAAUGACUUCUAUGCCAAUGAAUCACACAUCUGCCUCUACCCCUCACUUACAAGAUUCACCCAGGUAGCCUUUCAGAGUGCAAAACAGCUUUUAUUUCUGCCUCUUAGGGACACUGGGGUUUCCAGCAUACAGAGGUAUGUCACCAUAGAUAUACACAAUUUCAUUCUUCAGUUCAUUGGACAUCACACAUAGAUCAUAUUUUGCAGUGGUUUUCUUCUUACAUCUCCAAGUUCCACCAUACUUUUCACUUUUCCUUUCUUUAUAAGACAGAUCCCCAUACUAUUAAGGCAACAAAGUCUUUUCUGCCUCCAUUCUAUAGACACAUUCAGCUGAUCUCUGCUGGGACUCACUUUCUUGGUGGUGAUACUCCCCAAGGGCUCGGCUCACAGAUAUUACCCCGUCCAGGCUCCUCUUCUUGGGCCCACAGUCCCCUUUCACUUCCCUCUGCUGCUCUUAAUCUGAAGCUGUGUCUAGCUGUUUUGCCUCCAUCAGAUAAUGCUCGCUGCUCGCUGCUCGUGCUGCUUACAGCAGCUUCAUCUCACAAAGCAAAUCCUCUUCUGUCUAAUCCACCAUCUCUCUAAAAGGCUUCCCUUUUGCUCCAAAUUCCCUCCCACCGUAAAAUGGGCUUGUUUUCCUAGACCAGUGGAUACCUGUAGUAUCAACUCUAUUGCACUGAAGGCAGCAACUGGGAAAGUAAAGUGUGGGGCCCCACAGGGCAUUGUGGUCAUUCUUGUGACUGCCCUCCUGAACGCUUGGCUGCCCAGGCUAUCAAGAAAAAGCCCUCUGCUCUCUUCCUUUUCCCUUACUUGUUAUUCACCUCACGGUAGCCCCGAAUUUUCAUCUCCCUUGGACAACAGCGCCCCUUGCUUUCUUUGUCUAGUAAGAGACAAAGAAACUGGAAUGAACUGCCAGAGAUUUCUUUCUCCAUAUGGGAAGGACUAGAUUCAAAACACAUGGAGCUGAUCCCUGGAGAACUCUUCCUUCUUCCCACUUCAGUAUUUAGUUGUUGCAGUUACUCAUCUUCCCUGAAUAAAAUCUUAGCUCACACUCUAGUUAUAUUUUCAGAAAUGGUGCCUUAUAUACAAAUGUGAAAUAUAUAAACCAAACAAUAAGGAUUAGGGACAAUAGAAUUACAUUACUGAAUAGUACCAAGUGGCACAUUACAACAAAAGACGAGCAUACUUCCCCUCUGGGACUUGCUCGAAUGCCUUCUUGACCCUUCUUGGGGGGAUACCAUCUACUUCAUCUACACCAACUCUGGACCGUGUUCAAAGGGAGACCCAGGCAGUAACAAACAUUCCUAUUGAUUAGACUCUUUUUUUGCUGUUGUUGGCUAAAUUCUUUGUUCCCUGAUUCCCUGAGAUACCCAUCCUCCUUUCCCCUUCUUUCUCACUUGCUCGAGGGCUGCUAGGAAAAUGGCUCCAAUUAAGGUGAGAGGGAUAUAAACAUAAGAUAAAUAGCUCAACCUUCCUGGCUUCAGCUGCACCUGGAGAGCUAAAAGGAUGUAUUUUCACACAUGACCCAAGGAUGUGAAGCCACACCAAACAACCAGCUCCAUUUGACUCCUAGCUUAAAAUCAUCAUGUGCCUGAAAUCUAUUUAGUAAAUAAAAAAAGAGCUGCAUGAAAUCA